GGGUCGGACUAUCUUUUAUUCAAUUUCGCAUGUUUGUGAAUAGAAAACUGUUCAUUUCGGUUUUAAACCACAUGUGAAUAAUUAGUAUUUUUCAAUUACAUUCGCCAUUUAUACUGGAAAAUGUUUAAUAGUAAAAUAAUUUAAAUAACUAGAUACGCUUUUUAGUUUGAUUAUCCUCUGUGUUCUAUUUUCGUGCAUGUGUUAUUUUGCUAUACAGACAGUUAAUUUGUAACAUGGAUAACGAUCAAAACAUUGUUGUUGUUCAAAUUUUUGUGUAUCAAGAAUUGGAAUACAAAAAAGACAAAGUUAUCAAUAACCUGAUUUACUGCGAUAUUUUGUCACCCAGACAAACAACGGUAUCUCUCCUCCAAUCAAGCGAAGAACAUGACGAAAUAGUUAAUGGAAUUUUCCGGAGGGUGUUCGACUCAGUUUUGAUAACCGGUCGUAGAACUCCUAGAUAUUGGAUUAAUGGAAUGGAACUCAACAAUCAUUGUACAAAGAAAUAAAUCGAGACGCUACAAGUAUGUACUAAUAACUCUGCAAUGCCGGUCAGAAAUAUAUUUCAGUGCGGCAUGCUUGCAAAAAGCGCUUCACACGUUCAAUCCGGUCAGGUUUAUCGACUUGGAUGAAGUUGGGCCUCUUAUGGAGGGACUUUUUGACUGGCCAGAAGCAGUUGUAGUACCAAAACAAAUAAAAUGCACAGAUCUAAGAAUCCUUCUUGUUGGUCCAAAAGGCCAUGGCAAAAGUGCAACUGGAAACUCUCUUCUGGGAAUAACAAGAGAAGAAGGAUUCAAAGACGCAACGAGCCCAGUAUGUGUUACUACGGAGCUCAAAAGGCUGGUAAAACACAGAUUUGGAAGAAUAUUGGAAGUGGUGGACACUCCGUCUUUUUUUGAUUUGCCCGGCACUGACAAAUUUGUGUUUGAAAGUAUGUACCAUUGUUUAAAGAUGACAACGCCAGGAUUCAAUGCUAUCUGCUUCGUUAUCCGUCCAGAUCGUUUUCCUGCAGAAUUUGUAAAAACUGUUGACAUUUUUUUCAAUUUUUUCGGUAAAGGUGUUGAUGAAUAUGCAUUUGUUAUUUUGACUCACAUUAGAAAAAACAAACUAAUGAAAGCCUUCAUAAGUGAAAUGCAACUAAGAACGACAGAAAAAGGACAAAAAGCAUUUCAAUUGCUUAGCAAACGUUGUCAAGGCAAAUUAUUGUUCAUUGACAACACAGCCUCCGCAGAUCUUAAAGAAGAAAUGGUUUUUAAUAUUUUAACAGCAGUGGAUAACGCCAAUACAAAAUCAUCCAGACCAUAUUUCCAAAACACAUACACAAGAAGGAUAGCACAAAAAGCUAAACUAUUUUAUGAGAUCCAUUUGUUAGGUUUGAGAUGUAAGAGGUCCAAAGAAGCCCUAAGAAUUCUCCUAAUCGGACUUCCAGGCCACGGAAUGAGUUCAACGGCAAACUCACUUUUGGGGAAAAAUGUGUUUACUGGAAAUGUUUUGAGAGAAGGAAAUUCAAGCCAACAAAUACAGAGAGGUGAAAGCUGUGGCCGUCAAAUACAGAUCAUGGAAUUCCCAUUGAAGAAACCCUCAAGUCAAAGUGACACUGAUUUCAAGAAACAACUCUAUCAAACAGAGAAAAUGUUGGAUCCAGGAUUUCAUGCAGUUUGUUUUGUAAUAGAUCCGAAUAGAAUUGCAGAUGUGAAAGGCAAAUUCCAACCAGUCAUGUCGUACUUUGGAGAUGAAGCUAAUGAUUAUGCUUUUGUCAUCAUGACUUUUACAAGAAAUGAAGAUGAACUUGAGAAGAACAUUUCUAAUUAUAUCAAUCGAAAGGUAACUGCUCUCUUCAGGUUCUGUAAAGAUAAGGAACUGCACAUAGACAACAAGGAAACACCACAGGAAAAGGAAGAAAUGAUUGAAAAGAUGUUCAAUUACAUUGACAGUGAAAAUGAACAAAAGUUCACAGCCUAUUUUAGCUCACGUUUUAAACAACAAACCGAAGUGUCUGAAGCUGCUAGAAAAGAUGAAGCUGAAAGGGCUGCUACAGAGGCUUAAGCUGUUAAAUUAAACAAAAGUGUUGCAUCUGCGCGAGAUGCUGCAGAUAAAGCUGCAAAAGUGACAAGGUCUAAGAAAGACUAAGAGAAGAAAAAGCAGCUUGUGAAGAGUAUAAGCAGAACGUUGAAGAAAAACAAAACAAAAAAUUGUACCAAUUCUUUUAAAUGUGUUGAUUUAACAACAGUUACUGACUUUUGCAAACAAUAAGCACAGGUACAGAUUUUUUUUCUUUAGUGGGUCACUUACUAAUUGAUGCAUAAAAUAAGAACACCAAAAUUUUGUAAAGGAUUCAUAUUAUUCUGUAUGUAUAGCCCCUUUUUAAUACCCCAUUCAUCCAUGUUUUUUUUACAAUUCAAUUUAAGACAUAUACUGUAUACAUGUAUAUGGUCAUAAAACUAAGUGAUACUAUGUACUGUAGCAGCAAUAAUGUUCAAACAUGUUACACAAUAUAUGCUAAUAUAUACUUUUUUGACCUUUUGAUUUAAAAAAAGGUAGUAUGUAUUUUUUUCUUUAGUUGUUUGUGAUAGAAAAAAAGAAAAACAAUAGAAUAGUUAUGAAUAAUGAUGGGUUGCAUGCAUUAGGUAGAAAGCAUACUGGACUUGUUUAUGAAAGUUUAAUGAUUUUCCUUUUUUUUUCAAAUAUAUGAAGUGUUCCAUUGUUUAGGGCAAUUUCUUUUUCAAUUUGAAUCUUCAGUUUUAAAUAAUUGAUAAAACAGUUCAUUGUAGAUACUUGUUUUCUGUAUUUCAUGCUGAAUAUAAAAUAUUUCAUUAAUAUAAUUAUGUAAUUCACAACGGUAUUAAACUCUUGUAUUUUGAAGGUAUUUACCCCCAAACUGAUUCCGAAUAUGUAGCAUAAGUUAUUAAAAGAAUAGAAGUCGUUUAUUCUGUAGUCGUAUAAUUGAUCUACAUAUUUAAUGUUUCGUUCGAACAAUUUUUUUUAGAAAAACGUUGUAUUAUUAGUAGUUAUGUCUUUAUUGUUCAAUAGAAUGAUUUUUUUCUGUUUAUUUUGGUUUCUAAAUAAUGAGUAACUUUACACCAUGUCGAUAGAACAUUCCAUCGAAAUAUGUUUUUGGUUGAAAUUUCGUCUAAGAUAUUGUUGUCGAUAUAACAUUAAAAAAGUAAGGCGUCACCAUAUGUUUUAAGGAUUUUCUGGUAGAAUAAUUUCCAUUUACUCGUAUUGGUGUUAUCUAAAUAUCUUUUGACCCAACUGCAUUUGAUUGCAUUCAGGAAUGAAUCUAUAUCCGUUAGUCUGAUACCUCCAUAUUCUGCUGAUUGAAUUAAUUGAUUAAUUUUAUCAGGUUUACCGUCUCAUAUGAAAUGAUAUAUUUCUGAUUUUAUAUCUUCAAUAAUAUCAUUUGGUGGGUUUGGGAGAACUGUUAGUGUAUUAAUUAAUUAAGGGAGUGCACACGUUUUAACACGGUGUUUUUGCCGAUUAGUGUAAGUUUAUCAUGCUGCCAUGAUUUUAAACAAUUUUUAAAUUUUUGUAAUUUAGGCAAUAUGUUUUUAUAAUUGUUUCAUUGUAAUUGUUUGUAAAGGUUAUUCCUAACGUUGUUGUUUCAUCUGAUGUUCAGUUGAAUUAAUUAUUUUUUUAAGAUGAAUAUUACUUUGUUUAAAUUUACCUACUCGUAGCAGAGUGCUCUUAUUUUUGUUUACCUUAAGACCAGAUGCCAUUCCAAAAAGGGUUAGCGAUUCUAUAAGAUUAACGAAUGAGUCACUACUGUCAUUUGAAAAAUAAAUUGCAUCGUCAGCAAAUAGGGACUGUUUAAUUUCUUCGUCGUGUUCUAGCGAUAUUCCCUUUAUAGGUUUAUUUGAUUGGAUAUAGUGUGAUAGAUACUCGAUGCAUAUAAUAAAUAGCGAGGAUGAAAGUGGACAUCCUUGUCUUAACCCUCGUUCGAUGUUAAAACUGUUUGAGAAAAAGCCAUUGUUAAUAAUUAUACAGUUAGUUAAUAUCGGUGUAAAAUAGUUUUUUCUAAGCAAGAGAACAUAAACGAAUGGUCUAGUGAAUCGAUAGCCUUUUUGAAGUCUGCAAAGAAAAUGAGGCCAUAAUUGUUUGGUUGGUUGUAAUAAUUUAUGCAUUCUUGUAUCAGACGUACUUUUUCACCAAUGUAACGUCCUUUAAUGAAACCAGGUUGUGAUCUUGAAAUGAUUGAUGGUAAUAUUUUUGUUAUUCUGUUUGAUAUACUUUUAGUUGCAAUUUUAUAAUCAUUGUUCAGUAAACUAAUAGGGCGCCAGUUUGAUAAGGAUUUUAAGUUUUUUCCAUGUUUUGGAAUGAGUGAUAUUAUACCUUGUUUUUGUAGCGUAGUUAAGUUUUCGUUGUUAAAUGAAUAGUUUAGUGAAUAAAGUAGAAGUGUUUUUAUAUCAUUCCAGAAUAUUUUAUAAAAUUCGAUUGUGAUGCCAUUAGAUCCUGGAAAUUUGUUAUUUUGCAUUUCUUUAAGUGCUAAUCCACAUUCAUAUUCAUUAAGUAAUCCAUCGCACAGUAGUUUUUCCUCUUGAUUUCAAACAUAAUGUGUAUUUUUAAAAAGGGUGUUAUUUUCAAAAUGUUUCGUUUAUAGAGGAUUUCGAAAAAUGAACUUUGUUCUUCUAGUAUUUGAGUUCUGUUUGUUUCAUCUUCGCCAUUACUACUAAUUUGUGUACAGUUUUUUUUUCACUUCUACGUUUUUCGAUAUUUGCGAAGUAUUUUGUUUUUUGAUUGUGUUCAACAUGCUGUGCACGUGCUCGUAGUAUUAUUCCAUUAAGAUGUGUAUUAUUAAUUCCUUCUAGUACUUGUUUUUUUCGAUGAUAUUUCAUCUUCAAUGGCUUUGGUGUCGUUUGUGUUUGUUUUAUGUAAUUGUUUUUCAAGUUUUUCAAUGAUUUUGAUGGUUUCAGUUUUAAGUGUGUGUUUUUCUUUUUGUUUAAAUGAUGUGUAUCUAAUCGUUGUGUUACGUAUGUUCCUUUAAUUACUUCCCAUAAGGUGUUUGGGUUCGAAUCUUUAAUAUUUUGAACUGUAUUGAAUAUUUCUUGUUUUAUAAGCGUUUGAUAUUGUGUAUCUAAUAAGACGCUGUUGUUAAUUUUAAAGUAUCCUUGGCCUCUUUCAGGUUGUAUUUUGUGCAGUUUAAGUUCGACUAGAGGGUGGUCAGUCAUAAAUCCUGGUUUUAUGCUACAUUUGUAAAAAAAUGUUGCAAAGAGACUCAGAUGUUAAAAAUAGUCUCAUCUACAAAAUAUUGUUGGUUUUGUGUUUGAGUGCCAGGUGAAUUUGCUUUCGUUUGGAUAUACUGUACGCCAGAUGUCCAUCAUAUUGUAGUUUUCAAUUAUGUUAUUUAAAAUGUUUCUAUGUUUAGGAUGAGUAUAAAGGUUUCCAGUCUUUUUAUCUAAUAAUGGGUUAAGAAUAGUAUUGAAAUCACCACCGACUAAUAUGUUUUUAUCUUGGUAAUUAAUUAUAAAGGAUUGUAAUGUUUCGUAGAAUGUGGGAUCAUCUGUGUUAGGGCCGUAAACGUUGAUUAAUGUUAAUUGUGUUUCGUAUAUUUGAUAUCUAUACUUGUUUCUCUGCCAUUAAUUUUUGAAUGAUGUAGAAAGAGGUCAGAGACAAAUACCCCCAAACAGGGCUUGAACUAGUGACCCCAAUUUCAAUAGGGGUCAUCUACUGUCCAAGGCCAAUGCACAUCUAAAGUAAUAAGCCAAUUUGUCGAUUCAUUGAUUAGUUAUUGUUCAGAAACGAUUUUCACACUUAUUAUGACAGUGAUCGUGAUAUUUGACCUAGUGACAGCAAUUCCAAUAGGGGUCAUCUACUGUCCAAAGCCAAAGCACAUGGGAAGCAUCAAACCAAUCAGUCAUUUCUUUGACGAGUUAUUGAUCGGAACAAUUUUCAUACGUGUUGUGUCAGUGACCUUGACCUUUGACCUAGUGACCCCAAAUUCAAUAGCGGUCAUCUACUUCCAAGGCAAAUGUACAUGUGAAGCAUCAAGCCAAUCGGUCAAUUUUUUUGAUGAUAUUGAUCAAAAAGGAUCCUGUCUACCGACAGACCAACGGACAGACUGACCGACAUCCAGCACAAAACAAUAUACCACCUCUUUUUUUAAACAUAAAUAUUGAUAGAAACCUUAUAAUCAAACAUAUCUCUGUAUUCAAUUUUUGUUUUUUCAAUAUAACUCAACUUCGCACUUGCUCAUUAAUUACUGAAUUAUUUGCUAUUUUGCAGAAUAAAACACUUAGAAUAAAUUGUCCUAGAUUACAUAAGAUAGUUUUUUGUGUUGAUUAGCAUAUAAUUCUAGAGGUAUAAUGAAUCAUUUUGAUGUAUAUUAUUUCUACUCAUUUCUGGCAUCUGUUAUGUAUAACAGCCCAAAGGAGAAUGUUUGUUUGACUUACAAGUCAUAUUGUUCUUCUGUAAGCAAUACCAAAUCGCAAUGGUAUGCAUAUUUGCAUUCCAGUAGCUAACCAUUUUAACAUCUGUUAAAAGUCAUAUUGUUGGACUAAAACAUAAUAACAUAAGAUCAUUAGGUAUGCAUAUACAAUAUGCUUUUAUACGCUUUACAUGACAUCAUAGAACAGGCAUCACAAGGUAAAACUCAAUAAACAAUUAUACAUUAAAAA